UAUAUUAAGUAACAGAAAAAAGUAAAACAAAUAAAAUGAAGUUCUUUGGAGGUGAUUUCUCAACAUGCAUGACGGCCUAGUUCGAAAUCCCUCCCCACAAGACUGUCUGAAGUCUGGUAGGAAAGUUCACCUCAAAAAAUAGAUACCCCUACUCAAGUCGGAACUUAGCGGCAAUCAGUUUGCAACUUUGUUUAAAUAAUGAGAAGGGGAGUGGGACCAUUGAAAAUGUUAACCAAACCAGCUUAUAUGUUUUGGGCCGAAUAACUUACACCACAGAUCCAAAUGCUUAUACACAACGCCCAUAACUUGGUUGAACGGAAGUCAGACCGUGUUCCCCAAGUAUAAUAAAAUCGUUUGAUCAAAAAUGGAAUUCCUUCGUCGCCAAGCCUCCCAGAUCCAAACCCACAGAGCGUAACUCUCACGAAACGCGAUUCUCUAUUAUUUUCUUUAUAACCAUUACAAAUCUUCCGUUCUGUCACAGCACAAUCAGAUCCAAACAAACCGAAAUAAGCAGAGAAUGAAACAGAAUACUUGCAACAUCAAUUAGUGAUCGUGUAAUCAAAGACGAAAGUCGAUUUGCAGAUUUCUGAGGUAUACGUACACGAUUUCCCUCUGUUUUCAUUUUUCUUCCACUCAAACACACGAUCUAGCCACAAAAUGAAACGCAGAUCGACAUUGCAAUAUCAUUAAGCUGUACAAGCGUGAUUUUAUUGAAAUAGAAAACCACGGAUUACCGUCCAUCAAGAAUAUUUACAAAUCUCAGACUCGAAGUCGCAAAUACGCCGUCGUGCGUUCUCAAACCGCCACCGCCUCUUUCGGAUCUUCGAAGUUAGGGUCCUUCGCGUCCAUAACUUCAGUCUGGAAGCCGAUCUCGGCCGGAGAGUAACCGUCUCCCGCCCAGGUGAACUUGCCGCCGUGGCCUCCUUUCUUCGGCGAUCCGCUCAUCCCCGUGGCCGAUUUCCGAUCCUUCCUCGCGUCGGAUUUUCCGCUUGGCUUGGAGCUCCUUUCUGACUUCUUCAUCUCCUUAUUGCCGCCGAUUCCUUCCGUCUCUCUCAGCUAAUAGUUGUGAGUGAGGAUCGGAGUGAGGAUCGGAGUGAGGUACGGCUUUAUUUAUAUGGUUGUGAGUGAGAUCCUCGCAAUCUGUGGGUGUGCGUGUACGUGGUGCGCUCUGAUUUGACGAUUUCGGAUGGAUAAGAACGCCAUGGUUUGCGGUAGAAAAAUUCCUCUACUCGCAAGCGUGUGCUGCGAUCCGUAGAACCGGAUGACUUGACAGAAUAAUUCUUAUUCUCAAUCUGAAACUAGACAGACAUACUCAGGGCGGCCUCUAGGCGACUCAUUUCUGCCACGAAGACGGCUCAAUCGGUAUCAACAAUGGCAACUGAUGAUGAGAACGUGGGUAAUAUCAAGCGACAGUUAGCUAAAAUAUUUGAAGUAUCCCUCAGAGCGACGGUCGCUGAGGAGACAGAUGUUGAGCCUUUGGUGGCUGCUUGUACUGGAAAAUUUGGCGACUAUCAGUGCAAUAAUGCGAUGGGCCUCUGGUCUAAAAUAAAAGGAAAAGGAACUCCGUUCAGGGGCCCUCCUUCGGUUGGACAGGCCAUCAUGAAAAACCUUCCUCCAUCCGAAAUUAUAGAAUCAAGUUCAGUGGCAGGCCCUGGUUUCGUGAAUGUCGUGGUAUCCAAGAAUUGGAUUGCUAAGACCAUACAAAAAAUGCUAAUUGAUGGUAUUGAAACUUGGGCACCCCGGCUUCCAAUUAAAAGAGCAGUAGUUGAUUUCUCCUCGCCAAAUAUAGCAAAAGAAAUGCAUGUUGGCCACUUAAGAUCUACGAUCAUUGGAGACACUCUAGCCCGAAUGCUUGAAUUUUCACAUGUUGAUGUUCUUCGAAGGAACCAUGUUGGUGAUUGGGGAACACAGUUUGGCAUGUUGAUCGAAUUCCUUUUUGAAAGCUUUCCUAACUGGGAAGAUGUUACUGAAACAGCUGUUGGAGAUCUUCAGACAUUCUACAAGGCAUCAAAGCAGAGAUUUGAUAGCGAUGCUGCAUUUAAGGAGAGGGCACAACAGGCAGUGGUUCUUCUUCAGGGUGGGGAAGCUAAAUAUCGUAAGGCUUGGGCACAAAUAUGUGAAAUCAGCAGGAGUGAAUUUAAUAGGGUGUAUGAACGCCUCGGAGUUCAGUUAGAGGAGAAGGGAGAGAGCUUUUACAACCCGUACAUUCCUAAUGUCUUAAAAGAAUUGACUGAUAAGGGCUUAGUGGAGGAAAGCCAGGGUGCUCGUGUAAUCUUUAUUGAAGGAAUAAAUAUUCCUCUUAUUGUAGUGAAGAGUGAUGGUGGUUUCAAUUAUGCUUCAACUGAUCUUGCAGCCCUCUGGUAUCGUCUUAAUGAAGAGAAAGCUGAAUGGAUUAUAUAUGUCACUGAUGUUGGUCAGCAGCAGCACUUUCACAUGGUAUUUCGGGCUUGUAAACGUGCCGGCUGGCUUCCACUUGAGGACAAUAAGCAUCCCAAAGCAACCCACGUCGGUUUUGGUUUGGUUCUUGGUGAAGAUGGCAAGCGUUUUCGAACUCGCAAUACUGAAGUGGUUCGUUUAGUCGAUUUGCUUGAUGAAGCCAAGAACCGUAGUAAAACUGCACUCAUUGAAAGGGAGAAAGCUGCACAAUGGACUGAGGAGGAACUUGAACAAAUUGCUGAAGCUGUUGGUUAUGGUGCUGUUAAAUAUGCUGACCUCAAGAACAACAGGCUGACCAACUAUACCUUUAAUUUUGAUCAGAUGCUCAAUGAUAAGGGCAAUACUGCUGUGUAUUUGCUGUAUGCCCAUGCUCGUAUCUGUUCAAUCAUCAGGAAAUCUGGUAAAAACAUAGAGGAGUUGAAAAAAACGGGAACAAUUGUGUUGGAGCACGAGGACGAGCGUGUCUUGGGGCUUCAUUUGUUACAAUUUGCUGAGGUUGUCGAGGAAGCUUGCACGAAUCUAUUGCCGAAUGUGUUGUGUGAAUACCUAUACAACUUAUCGGAAAUAUUUACGAAAAAAUUCUACUCCAAUUGCCAGGUGGUUGGAUCGGCUGAAGAAACCAGUAGACUCCUGCUUUGUGAAGCCACAGGCACAGUGAUGAGGAAAUGCUUCCAUCUCCUCGGAAUAGUACCUGUUUACAAGAUAUAACCUCCAAACAGUGAAAUUUGCAGUGAUUUGCGUCACUUCAUUCUUCUUCACCAUACUAAUUAAUUGCCUUGGUUUGCCGUUUUUGCAGAGGGAAAAAAGAAAAAGAAAAGAAAAAGUAGAAUUCAUACAGAUUAAGUUUGGUUUAAGCUUAAUCCUUUAAUUAAAUAUUCUAUUGUCCGUGUGAAGGUUAUGCCUACUUUACUUCUCAGAUUAGUCUCUCUAGUUUACUCUUCCCCCAAUGUAAUUUGCUUUGCCAAGUUGGUUGAAUCGCUCAGAAUUAGACAGCAUUGAAUCAAAGUGUUCUUGGGAGUGGAAGAUUUGUAACUCACAGAGUCCAACUGCGUACUACUUUUGAUUUGUUAUUUUUAGGAUUAUUAUGUAUAUGAACUAAGUUAUUUCCUUCAAUUUAAUCUGUCAGAUUUGAUAGUA